CUCAGUAUCGUUACAUUUCCUUUGGAAAAUUUAAAAGAUGUUACAAAAUUUAAUAAUCAAAUUUAUUUACAUUAUCUUUUUCGUUUUUUCUAUACCUUCACAAAAUGUUUCGAAAAAAAGCUGUCACACUAAAUGUACCAUAAUAACUUCUGGCACUACAUAUUGGAUGUAUAAAGGCAUGUUUUAUAACGAAUCUGAAGAAUUACUUUGUCUUAAAUCCAACGAUCGAAUUUGUAUCCGGUCAUGCAAUAGAAAUACUGGACAUUGGACCCCAAAAUUAGUAAAGUGCAAAAUAAGUAUAAAUAAGAAUAAUCAAUGCCCAGAUGACUUUUUUGAAAUUCAGCGGCUUAAAAACUUUCCAAUUUGGUUAAAAAUUACAAGUAAUUCUCAAUUCUCAAUUAUUAGUAAUUCUAAAAAUACAAUAGACACUGCAGGCUGUAACACGUUUUUAAGCACAGUCUGCAUUUUCAAAUCAGAAUUACUAUCUAAUACUGGGUGUAUAAACGGUUCUAUUUCUUUAAUCUAUCGACAAACCGAAUGUUAUGGUAUUGACUGUAUAAAAAAAACUUUUCUUCACGUCAAUUCCAAAGAGUACUUAAAAAAAUAUAGUUGGAUUAGGAGGAGAUUGCUGAGGUCUAAGUUAAGAAAAAGCCCAACAAAAUUUUUUAUAAUUGAUUACUUUCUCGGUAGUCCUGGGAAAAGGUAUAUUAUUUUAAUAAAUUUAUUUAAAAAGGUAACUAUUGUUAAAGCAGGUUUAAAAUGGACUUCUGCUUUAAGUAAACACAUUAUAACGUCAACAAAUUUAGUGAAGACGGAGUUGAAAACUAACGCACACUUAAAAGCAAUAUUACUUGUGGUUUAUAAUCGAAAAUAUUUAUGGGUAACUAAAAAGUUUGAUAUUGGUCUUAAAUGUUUUAAGUUUUCAAAAUACUUUCAUUUAAAAAAUGCUAGCAUUUAUCUUAUUUGGAAGAAUAAAGAAAGAACUUAUUCUAUUAUGCAAGUUAAGUUGGUUUCGAGUUAUCCGAGGGAAUAUUGGUGUGAAGGUGAUAGCAUUUUUAAUUUUAAGUUAGUAUCUACUCGAAGAUUAAAAGGUGGAAGCACAUAUAAAGGGUUUGGAUUUAUUAUUCGUUUAAAUGUCUCAUGCAUUCGAUCAAACUUUUCCAACAUUUUUUGUAAGAAUUCUUACAUUGGCUCCAAUGUGGCUGUUCAAAGUCUUAAAAAUGAUAUAAUACGUGCAACAAACAUUUCAGAUACGAUCAUGGUACACGAUGUCCGAAUUAUUAAUAUGAAAUGGAUCACGAAUGUGUCAACUGUUUAUUGGAUUCAUAUUAUAGAAUCACUCAAAAUGUCAAGCAAUGUUUCGGAAACCAUAGAUAAUGAAAAUCUUGAAAAUACCAAAAUGUCAUUUAACUCUUUUCUGCCUAUAAAAAUAGCACUAAAAAAAACAUUUAAAGAUCUCAGCAUCAACUCGACUUUUUUAAUAAAAAGUGCAGAGUAUUGUUAUUCAGAAGUUUUAUUUCCUACAAAUGGAAAGAGAAAGAAGUGGGUCCAAGCGCGCAUUAGAGAAAUGGUGACGACAAAAAUAUUAUGCCUUAAUAAAAAUCUACAGACAAAAGCGGUUAAAUCUAAUCCAGAAGAAAUUUUAAGAAAAGUUAAAAUCAUAAUUCUACAAAGUAAAAAAGAACUAGUUCCGGUCGAUAUAAUUUUUAUCUCUAACAUCAUACAACCAACACUUACAAAUAUUUCAUUAAAUUUGAGGGACGAAGGAAUGCAUGAAGGUUUUUCUAAAUGGAGAAUUGCUUAUGCUGACAUUUUUAGUAUUUACAGUAUAAUAUUAUGUAAUGACAUGAAAGUAAUAAAAAUGUCAGCUAAGCUAAAUGAUACAAAUAAGAAGUUAUUGGAUUCAUUCGAAACGAACAUUGAGACGAUAUCAAGGAUAUCCUUAAAUAAAAUCGAUAUUGGGGAAAAAGAAUUUCGUUUGGAAUCGGAAAAUGAAAAUAUAGACUAUGAGGAUAUUGGUGUAUCCGUACAAAUUUCAAAACACAUUUUAAAAUUUUUUAUAAACCCCAUUAUUGCCAACGUGUCUGGAAUAGCUUUGUUUACAAAUAAUGGAACACGAAAAGUACACCAAAAAUUAAAAGGGUCAUUUAUAAAUGAACAUUACCGAUUUCUUCAAUCUAAUCAUGAUAUUAAUGACUUUGUUAACGAACCAAACCUACAACUCGGUGUAUAUUUACCAGUAGAGCUUUUAACUAGGUUAACAGCAUUCUCUGAUAUGCCUAAAACUUCCAAAAACCUAAGUAAACUUAUUAUUGUUAUUAAAAUAUACUCAAAUGGCAAGUUAUUUCAACGGUCUACUAAAACUAAAAGACUCAUAAGUCGUAAAGUAUCAAUAUCAUUACCUGGUUAUAGUUCCAUUCUUCCUAUGCCUUUCCCACUUAUCUUUCGAACUACAAGCUAUGGAAAUAUGAUGUCUGGAUCUUGUCAACAUUGGAAUCACGGGCGUUGGAAAGUCGGUCGUUUACCGAUUGCGAACAAGUUUGAAAUAAGGGAUGUUAUUGUACUAUGUUUUUUGAGACGUCUGACAUCAUUUGCUUUUCUUGUUGAGCCUCAUAUUUCAACAGAUAAAAAAUGAGAAAUUAAUGAGAUAAAGUGGCAUGUUAUAGGUAAAACAAUAUUAUGCUGCCUACUUACUCUUUGCAAUAGCCCGUCAUCUAACAUUUUACAGCAGUUUGUGUAAUUUGACCUUGUAAAUAUUAUAUAAAAAUGUGUUUAAAGUUAGUUAAACUUACUC